GCGCGGAGGAGCCCGCCUGGCCAGUUCCUCUGGAUUACUUUACCUGAAAGGUGCAUCAGUUUCGGUCAGGAGGGAAAGCAGGGGGAAAUCCGGAGUGGCGAGGCAGCGGGGGGCCCGGCCACCGUCCCACAGCCUGCGCGGAGAACCAGAGCCUCGGCUAGCGGGAGUUCGAGCCCCGUUGGAGGGUUUUAAUCCUCUUUAGUGAAAGAAAGAUUAGAACAGAAGAGGAGAAGAAGGAAAAAGCUGAGGAAAAGCUCCAGAAGCUGCCGGGGGACUCCAGGCAGGUGUGCGGGCUGUUGUCGUGCUGUUUCUGGACACGAAAUCGCUGAGUGACCGGAGCAGCUGCUGGAGGUCGGCGUCUUCCUCGCUGAGCGUGUCGCCGGGGCAGCGCGUUCGAACUCCCGCGUCGCUCCGCGGUCGUGCCCCGCUGGUGGCUUGUGGUUGUGGUGGUGGCUGGCGGUGGUUGUUAAGGAGAAUCUGAAGGAGAAAGGAUGAUGGGAUUUCUGCGCAGGACGUUUAGUCUCCGCUCACGGAGGCGCUUUCGGCACUCGGGUGAGCUGGACGGCAGCGGCGGGACACCGCAGCAGCAGCAGGUGGUCCACGGCGCUGGGGGAGCAGGAGCUCUGGUGGCCCCGGGGACCGUGGUGCACAUCCCCGCCGCGGGCAACAGCAAGGCGGCCAUCACCUGCAGGGUGCAGCUGCUGGACCUGUCGGAGGUCAGCGUGGAGUUGCCGAAACAUUCGAAGGGACAGGACCUGUUUGAUCAGAUCAUGUAUCAUCUGGACCUGGUGGAGGCGGAUUAUUUUGGCCUGCAGUUCAUGGACCCUGAGCAGGUUAUGCACUGGCUGGAUGCAACCAAACCCAUAAAGAAGCAGAUUAGAUACGGCCCUCCAUACAAGUUGUAUUUCAAAGUGAAGUUCUAUUCCUCUGAACCCAACAACCUUCAUGAGGAGUUCACCAGGUACCUCUUUGUGCUGCAGCUUAGACAAGACAUUAUGACUGGCAAGUUAAAGUGUCCAUAUGAUGUAUCUGUGGAGCUUGGGGCUUAUUGCCUACAGAGUGAGCUGGGAGACUGUGACCCAUUGGAACACUCUCCGUUGCUGGUGUCGGAGUUUCGGUUUUGUCCUAAGCAGACAGAGAUAAUGGAGGCUGAUAUUUACCGCAAGUGGGCAGAGUCCAGGGGAAUGAGUCCAUCGCAGGCCGAGCUAAAUUUCCUGAAUAAGUGUAAGUGGCUGGAGAUGUACGGAGUGGACAUGCACUAUGUGAAGGGUCGUGAUGGAGGAGAUUACGCUCUGGGUCUUACUCCAACUGGAAUUCUGGUGUUUGAAAGGUCCAGUAAAAUUGGCCUGUUCUUUUGGCCUAAAAUCACACGUCUGGACUUUAAGAAGAACAGGCUCACACUUGUGGUGGUAGAAGAUGAUGAACAGGGCCACGAGCAAGAGCACACGUUUGUGUUCCAGCUCUCCAGCUCGCGGGUGUGUAAACAGCUGUGGAAGUGCGCUGUGGAGAGCCAUUCAUUUUUCCGCCUUAGACAGCCCACCCAGAACAAGACCAACCGCAAUGACUUCACACGCCUCGGCUCACGCUUCCGCUUCAGUGGAAGGACAGAGUAUCAGGCGACUCAUUCGGGCAGAGUGAGGAGGGCCAGCACUUUUGAGAGACGACCAAGCAAAAGAUACCCCUCCAGAACCCAGUCGCUGGGCAAAGUUACUCCUGCAAAACAUCAACAUCUAAGUGCUCAGCCCAGCCCUGACCCCAACCUAAAACCGUAUCAACACAACAUACCAAUUGGCCAGGAGCCUUGGGUGAGGCCCCUCCCCCCAAGCUUGACCCCAUCCCACUACAUACAGCCCACUGAAUUAGGACCUCCACCACCACCUCACAGUUUUCCUCUCAGCAGUGCAGAUACACAGAGGUUCAGUAUGGAAGAGAAUGAAGCUCCACAUGCUGGAAAAGUCCAUCGCUGCUACCAUCGCCAUGCCUACGAGAAACAGGAAGCCCCGUGUCUUUCUUUACCCAAACCCAAGCCUUGGGUUAUCUCUGCUGGACACCCUGAAGAGUAUGACCGCCCUCUGCCAAGCCCAAAUCAUCUGGACCUGGAGUCCACACCCUGGCCAGCCCUUCACAUCAACAUCGACACAGUCAGUGCUGCACAGGCCGAGGAGAAGCCGUUAUCAGAGAAAAGCCUCCCCUCGUCUCCCUCUGGCUUACAGGAUCAACUCAAAAGCAAUAUACUGAGACAUGUGAGACAGAGUGAGAGCGGUGGAAGCUCGAGGGGGAACUCCUCCAGUGGAGACCAGAACAACAGACUUCCCAGCUCCUCUCAGGAUUCAGCCUCCAGCAGUGUGAAUCUGGAGAGGCCGAGAGUGGAGCGCCGCAAACGCCUCGUCAGACAGUACAGCUUCAACCACAGUGAUGAAGAUGACCUCCCAGAAGCACUUGCUGCCAUAUCUUCUGAGAGCAGCAUGGGAAAAUCCACGUCCAGCAGCUCUCUGGACAAACAGGUCCAGCCUCCAAUCUACCCACCGCAGAAAAGUGUCCCACCGCCACUGGAGCACUGUGACAAAUCCCCUCUGUUCUAUCCAAGCCCAGUCCCUCACCUACUGCCAUUCAGCCCACACUCCAACAGCAAUGAAGAGCUGAAAAUGGAUCGAGAGAAACUGCUGAGAGCCUUAUUAAUGACAGAGCUCUGAAACCAUAUGGACGUCCAGAUGCAUUAUAUAACCGAACAGAACACCUUAAAUUCAUUGCACUGUACUUUUUAUACAUUCACACAACAAAACAGAAAACUAUUUUUUAACGAUGAAGCUUAUCUCCUAUACAGUAAACCACAUCCGCAGAUCCAUCCAUGUUUAUAUGUGUAAUUUUAUCCCCUGUGUAUAUGUCCUGAUGGCUUUGAACUGUGCCUGGAAGUCAUGUUACAGUAAUGUUGCAUAAUCUUUUCUUACUGGGUUCUCUGUUGGCUUGUCAGGCUUCUUAUUUCUAUUCACUGAAGCACAUUGUGAAGAGCAGAAUCUCACGGGGACGCGUUUGUUUGAGUUACACCUGAUAUACGUGACACCCUGUACAUACUGACUGUAAAUACGCUGUAUAGAGUGAACACUAUCAUUUUCAAUGUGCUUUCUAACAUUUUAAGGGGAAUUUUUUGCAAACGUGAUGCAGUAUUUCAUUUUAUAUGCAUUUCUGCUCCCAGUGUGAUAAACAAACACUUGCUGAAUAAAUCUGCUUUCUUCUCAAUUUAAA